AAACAUUUCCUCAACCAUGUCUCCGCCGCUAACCACCAUAUCCAACCGUCGGACCACCAUCCAUUCCUCGCCUCUGCUAAGGGCUUCACAACACAGAUCGUCCCCUUUCGUUUACCCUUUUAUUGUUUUUCCCAUAUCGCGUCUGCAUAGAACUAGAUUCGGUAAUGGCUUUACUUCGGAGGAGAAAACGACCCGACGACGAUUCGCCACAGACCCCCGGCUUGCCGGAGGAAGACGAAGAUAAGACAAUUAAAUCACAGAAAAGAGGAAAAAGGCGGAGGAAAAAGGAGUAUUCCUGUUUGGAUAAUUGUUGCUGGUUAGUGGGAUGCAUAUGCACGACUUGGUGGUUCUUGUUGUUUUUAUACAACACAAUGCCGGCGUCUUUCCCACAAUACGUAACGGAGAAGAUCACCGGACCGUUACCGGAUCCUCCCGGCGUUAAAUGUGUAAAACAGGGACUGGAACCGAAGCAUCCGGUGGUGUUUGUGCCGGGGAUUGUCACCGGUGGGCUUGAGCUGUGGGAGGGCCACGAAUGUGCGGAGGAUUUGUUCCGAAAGAAACUUUGGGGAGGCACGUUUGGCGAAAUUUACAAAAGGCCAUCAUGCUGGCUAAAACAUAUGUCUCUGGACAACAAAACGGGUUUGGAUCCUCCUGGAAUUCGGGUCAGACCCGUCAGCGGGCUUGUAGCCGCCGACUACUUCGCUCCGGGCUACUUUGUGUGGGCCGUUUUGAUUGCAAACUUAGCUCGUGUCGGCUACGAAGAAAAGAACAUGUAUAUGGCUGCAUACGACUGGCGACUCUCGUUUCAGAACACAGAGGCAAGAGAUCAAACGUUGAGUCGGAUAAAGAGCAAUAUAGAACUGAUGGUGGCUAUAAACGGUGGUCAAAAAGCUGUCAUCAUCCCACAUUCAAUGGGUGUUCUCUACUUUUUGCAUUUCAUGAAAUGGGUGGAGGCACCAGCUCCGAUGGGCGGUGGAGGUGGCUCAGACUGGUGCGCUAAACACAUAAAAGCAGUGAUGAACAUCGGUGGCCCACUUUUAGGUGCACCAAAAGCUUUAGCGGGUCUUUUCUCAGCUGAAGCUAAAGAUAUUGCGUUUGCUAGGGGAAUUGCACCAGGUGUGUUAGACUCGGAUGUAUUUCAAAUUCAAACGCUGCAACACAUCAUGAGAAUGAGCCGAACCUGGGACUCCACCAUGUCCAUGAUACCAAAAGGUGGUGAAACCAUCUGGGGUGGGCUCGAUUGGUCACCCGAGGAAGGAUAUUUACCGAGCCAGAGAACACAUGCAAACAUUACUACUUCACGUUGCAACCAAAACGAGUCGUAUAGUACAAUGUGUGACACGACACGUAUUAAUUAUGGGAGACUUAUAUCGUUCGGGAGAGAUGUUGCAGAGUCACGUUCGUCGGAUAUUGAGCGGACAGACUUUAGGGGUGCGGUCAAGGGUUACAAUCUCGCGGAUAUCAAGUGUCGUGAUGUGUGGACCGAGUAUCACAAUAUGGGACUAAGUGGAAUCAAGGCGAUAGCGGAAUACAAGGCUUAUACAGCUGGAGACCUUUUGGAUUUGCUCGAGUUUGUUGCACCAAAGAUGAUGGAACGAGGCAUGGCCCAUUAUUCACACGGAAUAGCAGAAAAUCUGGACGACCCGAAAUACGCACAUUACAAAUAUUGGGCUAACCCGUUGGAAACUAAGUUGCCAAAUGCUCCAGACAUGGAGAUAUACUCAAUGUACGGUGUUGGCAUUCCGACUGAACGAACAUAUGUUUACAAGCUCACUCCGGCAGCGGAAUGCUACAUUCCAUUCCAAAUUGAUAAUGCAGCGGGGGAUAUCGAUGAACACGUCUGUUUAAAAGACGGUGUAUACACUGUAGAUGGUGAUGAAACUGUACCCGCACUGAGUGCGGGGUUCAUGUGCGCCAAAGGGUGGCGCGGGAAAACACGUUUUAAUCCCUCAGGUAUUAAAACGUAUGUUAGGGAGUAUCAUCACAACCCACCCUCAAAUUUUCUCGAGGGUCGGGGUACACAGAGUGGUGCCCAUGUUGAUAUCAUGGGCAAUUUUCAGUUGAUCGAAGACGUAAUUAGGGUUGCAUCCGGUGCUUCCGGUGAAGAAUUGGGAGGUGAUAGAGUUUAUACAGACAUUUUCAAAUGGUCUAAAAAAAUUAACUUGAAAUUGUAA